AUGUCGGUAUCAUCAAACGUGCGCUCGUCGCAAACCGCUCGUCCGACCUCGCCCCAUACACCCCAGCAAACAUCCUCACGCUCGACCAAUACUUCAUUCGCUAGCACGACUUCGGCUGGCUCUUCCUUCCGAAAUGAGGACGAUGCGAUCAUAAUCGAGAUCGGCGCAAGAUGGCUUCGCGCGGGGUUUGAGGGCAGCGGUACACCUACGUGUACCGUGACUUUCGGACCGGAGGAAUCGCGAAGAGUGGGAGACUAUCGUGGUUGGAUAUCAGGUGGUACGGGAAAUGGACUAUCACAGCAACCCGUCGACCCUGAGGACUGGGUGCGGGACUAUGAGAUAUGGCGCCCAGAUGUUCGGGAGAUGGACUUGGGUCUGCUAGAAGACAAGAUUGAGCGACUUUUCCGGGAGACAUUCAACAAAUAUCUCCUCACAGACGCUGGAUCCUCUCGGCUGGUCCUCACUCUCCCUUCGCUGAUGCCGCAUCCGCUGCUGUCGUCAUUGCUUUCUACAUUAUUCAGCCGCUGGCGGUUUCCUAAUAUCACCCUGCUCCCAAGUGCAGCCAUGUCAGCAACCGCAGCGGGGCUGAGGUCUGCCCUAGUCAUUGAUCUUGGAUGGGCAGAGACUACAGUGACAGGUUUGUAUGAGUACAGAGAAGUCACUUCAAAAAGAAGUACUAGGGCAAUGAAAUCCCUGCAGCAGGAGAUGGGCCGCUGUCUGGAUCGCCUGGCUUCUGGAGAUGAGCUCGUCGCAAGUCCCGAAGGGCACAUAUCUGUGGGAUUUGCAUACUGCGAAGAGAUUCUUGCGCGCAUUGUUUGGUGUCGGCCGCACGCUGGUGGUCACGAAGACCCGCCUACCGCAACACAAAAGGUUUCAAUUCCGUCUCCUGUCAAUCCCGGAGAAGAAUUCAUUGAUGUGCCAUUUUCACGCUUUGCCGACCCAGUCGACACAGUGUUGUUGGCAUCUGGAACGGCCGAUGGAGACUUGGACGACGAGGAAAAGCCGAUUCCGCUACUUGUUUACCACACUCUCUUGGCCUUGCCGCCUGAUGCGCGCGGCAUUUGUAUGUCUCGUAUUGUUUUCGUUGGUGGCGGUUCCCGAAUUCCGGGCUUACGAAAGAGAGUCCUUGAGGAAUUGUCUCUACUCAUCAAGCAGUAUGGAUGGAGCCCAGUUCGAGGCAAAGCUCUUGAGCGCCAACGCCAGCGGCUGGAGAGCAUGCGAAUAUCAUCUCGACCUCCCACCCAAGCACAAGCGCAGGCGCCACCAGCCAGGCAAAAUGAGGGAAGUGCCCCUGACCCUCCAAAAGUACACUCUUCGGAGGAAGAACCGGAGAUGGAUUUCGUGGAGCAAAAGCUGCGUCGACAGAACAAAGAAUCUUAUGUGCCAAUUCACGGAGUCGUAAGGGAGGUCGAAUCUCUCGGUGCAUGGGCAGGCGCCAGUCUGGUGACCAGCUUGAAAUUGCGAGGUAUGGUUGAGAUUGAGCGGGAAAAGUUCUUGCAACAUGGACUCGCCGGUGCAAGUCGUGAAUCCGAGCCUGUCGUCCCCGAUCGUCGAUCUGGGUUAAGAGCGGGUGAUCGAUCCAGUUGGACCCUCGCUGGCUGGGCCUGA